AUGUCGAGAACACGAGCACCGGCGGUUGCAACACCCACCACACCUCUGCGUCGGAUCUCGCGUGGCUCGCUCAACGCACUCUCGCACUCGGCCUCGAAACAGCUUUCUGGCGGCGCAACACCGCUUUCGUUCUUGCAAGGCGCCAUGUCGGAUCUCGCCGAAGAAGUGGGUGUGCUGCAACUCAACUUGGAGAAUGUCGAAGCCGUGCACGAAAGUCUGCACAGCUUCAACGAAAACUUUGCCAUGUAUAUCUACGGUCUCAAGAUGAACGCUUACUGCGUCGAGUGGCCCGAAGCGCCGUUGCACGACAACUUUGAGCGCGCCGAGAAGCGUAUCGCUCAGCAAUCCCAGCAGUACGCUGCGCAGCAUAAUCUGGAUCUUGCAUCGCAGACGUACAUGCAACAGCAAGUGUCACAGCAACAGCUGCAGCAAUCGCUGCAGCAACAGCAAGAGCCCAUGUACAACCCGGCAGCGGACCAGACCUACGUUACUACGGACGACGAAAGCAUUUACCGCAACGACGCGCCUGUGGCUGCUCAAGCCAAGCCUGUGCUCAAAUCGGCUCUGAAAAAGCCUUCCAACGCUGCCAGCACCGGUGCGGCGGCUGCAAAGAAGGCGGGACCAUCAACGAACACAGCGACUGGAGCCGCCAAAGCUAGGAUGACACUAGCACAGAAGAAGAAGCGCGAAGCAUACACGGAUGAGAUCAUUGAAACACUUCCGCUCGAGUAUCGCGGAGGCAACGAUGCCAAACAGAACGCUGUCGCCAAGCACGUCUGCAUGGCUCUCCUCGCUGCUGGUGCCAAAGGGUUGCGGAUCGCCGACGUUGUCAAAAACCCCGAAAUGUCACAGGCCAAGAUCAACAAGACGCUCAUCGCUCUGGUCGCCGCCAAGCACGUCGUCAAGACGAGCAACAAUGGUAUCGUAUAUAGCCUCGACUCGCGUCGACAUCCGACACUGCCUUGA